AUGGCCGAGUUCAGUUCACCUUUUUUUUUGUGUCUGUUGCUUGUUGGCCUUUCUAUCCAUUGUCAACAUGUGCUUGGCCAAGAAGAUGAAGUGAAUGGUCAGAAAAAGACAAAUCCACCAGAACAGCAUUUUCAAGCCAAAGGCAAUACAACGGGUGAAAACAUGGCCUAUCAUAAGAUAGGCCCGAGCAAUGCUGACUUUGCAUUCAGGUUCUACAGGCAGGCUGCAUCACAGGAAGACGGCAAGAAUGUUUGCUUCUCUCCUGUGAGCAUCUCCACUGCCUUUGCAAUGCUCAUGCUAGGUGCCAAGAACACCACACUGAGGCAAACUCUGGAAGCCUUUGCUUUUAACCUGACAGAGAUUGAGGAGAAAGAGAUCCACGAUGGUUUCCGGCAUCUACUUCACAUGCUAAACCAACCAGACAGUGGGGUCCAGCUGAGCAUGGGAAAUGCCCUGUUUAUAAAAGAUGGGCUGAACGUACACCCAAAGUUUUUGGAGGAUGUCAAAAGCUUUUAUGAGUCAGAAGCUUUUUUGAGCAACUUCCAGAAUCCUCCUGAGGCUGAGAAGCAGAUCAAUGAUUACAUAGAGAAGAAAACUGAGGGGAAAAUUGCCAACUUAGUGAAGGAUCUGGAUCCAGAUGUUUUAAUGGUUCUGGUCAACUAUAUUUUCUUUAAAGCUUAUUGGAAAAGUCCUUUCUUUGAGCACAUGACCCAGGAAGAUCAUUUUUUUGUGGAUAGCAAAACAUCUGUCAAAGUAAAAAUGAUGCAUCAAAAAGGUUUCUUUGGUAUUUACCAUGAUGAGACCCUGUCUUGUUGGGUAGUUGAAAUGCCCUACAAAGGAAAUGCGGCUGCAUUAUUUAUUCUGCCAGAUGAAGGAAAAAUGAAGCAGGUAGAAGAUGCUCUGUUGAAAGAAACUGUGCGUAAAUGGGAACAAGCACUGGAGCAAAGAAACAUAGAUCUUUACCUUCCAAAAUUCUCUGUCUCUGGCACCUAUAAGAUGAUAACCCUGCUGCAGAACAUGGGUCUGAUCGAUAUAUUCUCUAAGAGGGCUGAUCUGUCAGGAAUCACUGGGAAUCCUGAUCUCAAGGUCUCAAAAGCCACUCACAAGGCUGUGGUGGAAGUUGAUGAGAAUGGCACCGAGGCUGCAGCAGCAACUGUCAUUGAAAUUAUGGUAGGCGCCUCCAUGGAUCCUCCUCCUGUCAUCAAGUUGAACAGGCCCUUCCUGUUGUUGAGAAAAAACAUCCGCAGCAUCCUCUUCAUGGGCAAAAUUGUGAACCCCAAAGCUCCAUAGCUCUGAGUAAAUCUUUGGAUAAAUACCAAAGAGGAUAUACUCAUCUUACAGUCUUCUUUAUGCCAAUG